UACUACUACCAUCAACAAAACUGUUGGUUUGCGAAUGUUUGUGUGUGUGCGCUUUCGAGAGAGUAGGUGGCUCGGAAAUUGGUCCUCAUGGAACAGGAUCUGGAACGGUCCGAGGAGAAGGUCGAAAUGAACGAAAGCAAGAUUGUCGAGCUUGAGGAAGAACUGCGAGUUGUCGGCAACAACCUGAAGUCCCUGGAAGUCUCGGAAGAGAAGGCAAUGGCAUCGCGCGAUUCGGUUGAGGACAAGAUCCACCAAAUGAACGACAAGUUGAACAAUGCUGAAGCUCGUGCUGAAUUCGCUGAACGUUCCGUUCAGAAGUUGCAGAAGGAAGUCGACAGACUCGAAGACGAACUCGUCCUGGAGAAGGAGAAGUACAGGGAAAUCGGAGACGAUCUGGACACCGCCUUCGUCGAGCUCAUCCUUAAGGAAUAAGCUCCGAGUCCACGUCACCAAACCCGGAAAAGGAUCCGGCGGGCAUCGGAGGUGUUACUGUUGUCGGACUGUUUGUUGGAGGCCUCCAGCUUCCCGAUGACAGCAGUAGUGUCCCGGCGUUCGAUCGGAUUCACAAACUACAACUAGACAAUAACAACAACAACCCAAUCGGAACAAUUAAGAACAUCAUGCAACAACCAUCAUUAUGGUUGUUUUGGAUAUAAAACAUUGCUUUUGAACAUGAACCAAAGUUUGAAUUUGACGCAGCGUUUGGCUGCAACAUCAACAACAACAACAGUAACUGCAAGAAAAUGGAAUGGAAAACAACAUCAAUAUACCACAACAACAUCAACAACCAUCAUCGUCACAUCCUAGAGUGGAUUAUCGAAACGGUUUUUCGGUUUUUGACCCCGGAGCAACAACAUCCGACGGGAAGGUCCCAACCUAACAGCUGACCCCGGAAAAACCAGCCAUUGCUUCGCCGUUUUAUGAAGAUGAAAAAAAAAAAAACAACAAACAACCAAUCAAUCAAGCAAAAGCGUUUGGUUUUCUUUUUGGGUUUUCAUAAAAACACACAUUUAAUUUAGAAACUUCACUUUUUUUAAGUUCACUUUUAAAAAUGGUUUCUUCAUUAGUUUUGCUAAGAAAAGAAAAUUCAAGCACAGCUUUGUUAGGCUUCGUUGUUGCGCUGCUUCAAGAAUCAAAGCAUAAGGAAAUGGACAAGGAAAAUAAAUUAUUUAUUUGUUUCAAUAUCGUUUAAAAAUAAAAACCAUGAAAGAUGUUAAGUAAAAACUAAAAAUAAAACUACGAAUGCA